AAAUGCCGGAGUGAGGCUAUGGAAGAGGUCGAGCAAGAGCAGUCGGACUGACAGUUCCAUGGAUCACAACCCACUGCUUCUCGACGGUGCCGGAGCCGCCUCCGACGAGACCGGCCGAGAAGAGAGGAAGCCUGGAGGAUGGAAGUCGAUGCCGUUCAUCAUAGGGAACGAGGCGUUCGAGCGGGUGGCGACCUACGGCCUGACGGCCAACUUCAUUGUGUACCUGGUGGAGCAGUACGGCAUGAGGCAGAUGGCGGCCGCAAACUUGUGCAACAUCUUCUCCGGCACCAGCAACGCCGCGCCGCUCCUCGGCGCCUUCGUCUCCGACGCCUACUGGGGCCGGUUCCGCACCCUCACCUACGCCUCGGUGACCACCUUCCUGGGAAUGGUAGUGCUGACUUUGACGGCAGCAGUUCCUCAACUCCGGCCACCGGUAGAUGAGGAAUCCGGGCAACCCUUGGGUCCCUCCGGCGUCCAUUUGGCCAUACUAUUCUUGUCCCUGGCCCUCCUAGUCCUCGGCGCCGGCGGCGUUCGCCCCUGCAGCCUACCUUUCGGCGUCGACCAAUUUGAUCGCAGCACAGAGCAAGGGCGGCGCGGCCUCAACAGUUUUUUCAACUGGUACUACUCCAUCUCGACCGGCGCAACGGUGGUGGCCAUGACAGCCGUCGUCUACAUCCAAGACAGUGUCAGCUGGCCGCUGGGGUUUGGCAUUCCAACGGCGCUGAUGCUCCUCGCCAUCAUCUUCUUCUUCGCCGGGAUCAGGCUUUACGUGUUCGUGCCGCCGGAGGGCAGUGUCUUCUCCGGCGUCGUGCAGGUCCUCGUCGCCGCGUUCAGAAAGCGUAAGCUUCGAUUGCCUGCACCAAACGAUGCGGCGGAACAGGAGACGCUGUUGUACGGCAACCAUGCUAGGAAGAGCACCGUGGUGAUGAAGCUUCCCCUGACACUUCAGUUCAGGUUCUUGAACAAGGCUGCUAUAGUAUGUGAGGGCGACAUGAAGGAAGACGGUCGCUCUGCAGAUCCCUGGAAACUGUGCAGUGUGCAGCAGAUCGAGGAGGUGAAAUGCCUGAUGCGCAUCGUGCCCAUCUGGGCCUCCGGCAUCAUCUGCUUCGUCGCCCUGACACAACAGUGGACUCUGGCGGCUCUCCAGUCCAUGAAAAUGGACCGCCAUCUCUGCCCGAGCUUUCAGAUCCCUCCUGGCUCCCUGGGCAUCAUCUGCUUGAUGGCCAUAGUCCUCUUCAUCCCUGUCUACGACCAAAUCCUCGUUCCCAUGGCCACGAGCAUCACCGGGGUCGAGGGCGGGAUCACACUCCUACAGAGGCAAGGCGCCGGGAUGGCCAUCGCCAUACUGUCCAUGGUGGUGGCCGGUUUAGUGGAGAAGAAGAGGAGGGACUCAGCUCUAGCCCACGGCGGCGCGGACGGGAGCUCCCCCCUCUCGGCGAUGUGGCUCGCGCCGCAACUCUGCCUGAUGGGCGUCGCCGAGGCCUUCAACGCGGUCGGGCAGGUGGAGUUCUACAACCGGCAGUUCCCGGAGCACAUGCAGACGUUGGCAGGGUCGCUCUUCCACUGCAGCCUGGCGGGUGCGAGCUACCUGAGCUCCUUUCUCAUCGCCUUCGUCCAAAAGAGAACCGGAGGACCAGGCCGAGCCAGUUGGCUGGACGACGACAUCAACGUCGGCAAGGUAGACUACUACUACUACCUGAUCGCCGCCUUGGGAGUAGGCAAUCUGCUAUAUUUCAUGGUCUGCGCGCAUCUCUACCGCUACAAGGGCACUCCAGAGCCGGAAGAUGGAUGCAAGGACAUUAAAGCCGUCCUUUGAAGCUUGCAAUCUGCAGCAUAAGCUACAUAUACAAGAGGAGAAUAAGAAGAUAGUAGUUUUUGUUAGAGAACAACAUGCUACCAAAAGGUUGUAACUUGUUGCAGUAGUCGCACGCACGAGCAAUGUGAUGACAAGCUUUGAUUUGGA